AUGCCGUUGAAAGUAUAUAUGACGAACAUAGCGAGUAAUCAAUUAACAACUGGCAAUCAACGUAAAUUGAAACAUAUUCUCGAUACGAAUAAGAUCCCUUACACGGAAAUCGAUAUUAGUGAUUCGAAGAAUAGUAAUGAAAAAGAAUUUCUUCAACGAACAUUAGCUUCAUUGAAUCAAAAGAUGACUUUACCUCAAGUAUUCAAUAAUGAACAAUAUUGUUGUGAUUUCGAAGGCAUUUUAUCAGCCGUGGAGUGUGAUUCGCUCAAAGAGACAUUGAAAUUAGACAAUUAA